AUGGCGGAUUGGUCGUUACUUCCAUACGAUUUACUUGUUACAAUAGCAAAUCGUGUUACGGUUAUUGAUGAUUUCGUUGUAUUUGGUGUUGUUUGUAAAUCAUGGCGAAUUGCCGCUACCAAAGAAAAUUUUGAUGGACCAUUCCCACAACUUCCAUUGCUUAUGUUGGCUGCUGAAAAAGACGACGACGACAAUGAUUACCGAGAAUUUUUCUCUCUUUCUAAGAAGAAAAUAACGCGAGUAUUUCUCCCAGAAGCUAAAGAUCGAGAAUGUUUUUCAACAAUGGGAUGGAUUGCUACCUUCGAAUAUAGAGGUAUCGGAGAAAUGAAGUUAUUGCAUCCUUUUUCACAUGCUCAAAUUCAUCUUCCUCCACAUAUUGGCUUGAGAUAUUGGGAACCAACUCAUGAAAGUAGCUAUGUGUCUAUCAAUAAAAUUAUGUUAUCUGCUAAUCCUUCGUUAUCAUCUGAUUAUGUUGUGAUUAUAUCGUAUAGUAGGCAUAAAAGUUAUUUGGCUUAUUGGGAACCUGGUGAUCUCUUUUGGACUCCAAUUUAUGAUGUUGAUGGAUUUGGUGAAUUAUGGGAUAUCCACUACUUUAAUGGACAGUUUUAUGUGAUUACUUCUACUGGAGUUUGGGUUAUUGAUGAGGAUUAUGAACUCCAUUUGGUUAUUCAGAAAAACAAUUAUGGUCCACUAAAGCAGCUUUAUCUAGUUGAAGUAUCAGGUGCACUAUUACUUGUUUCACAAUUUUGUAACUAUGAUACUGUUGAUGGAUUGAAGACCUAUAAAUUUCGAGUAUGGAAACUAGAUUUAAUUAGAAGUAAAGCAAAAAAGAUUAGAGUCUUGGGAGAUAGAGCAAUUUUUCUGGGGAAGAAUGGAUCAAUUUCAGUUGACGCGUCUAAGUCUAUAGGAGUGAAACCUAAUCACAUCUAUUUUACUGAUAAUUGGGAAGGAGGAGAUGGCACAGAUAUGGGAGCUUAUAGUCUUGAAGAUGGAAAAAUUCAAUCUUUUUAUCCGGGCAUUUCUCUCUGUUUUGUGGUUGAUCCUGUGGCUUGUUACACGAAAAGGGGUAGUGGGGUGAGUACAAGAACUGCUGUGAAUCUGCAGCUAUAG